AUAAUUACUACUUCCUUACUUACCAAGUAGUAGCAAAACUUCAACGUCUUCUCCCUCAUCUCUACGGCUACGUCUCUGAUCGCAACAUGGGAAGCACUUGGAUCUACAAUGGCCACUGGCCUCAUAUCCGGAGGCCCAGUGUCUCUGGUGUAUGGAUACCUACGUUCGUCUUGCAAGCCUUCUAACUCAAAUUGGCCACUGAUACAGAAACCAUAGUCGCAAUUAUAGGAACUUUGGCAACAGCGUUAUCUCUGUCAGAGCUGGCUUCUAUGUGAGCCAUUGCACCCUUAAUGAUGGCGUCGUCUAACCACCUCUUCUGCGCUAGGUACCCAUCCGCUGGAGGCCAGUACUACUUCGUCGUCCAACUUGCACCCAGAAAAUUCCGAGCAGCAUGGGGAUACGCCUCGGGAUGGAUUUGCAUAUUCGCCUGGCAGACCUUUACUGCGGCAGCCCCGUUUCUUGGUGCAACGAUGAUCCAAGGUCUCGUCGUACUCAACUACCCGAAUUAUUCAUAUGAGAGGUGGCAUGGGACGAUGAUCUAUUGUGCCUUCCUUGGGCUUGCAGCACUGGUCAAUGUCUUUGCUAUCAGAAUCAUGCCUCUGAUCUUACAUGCGACAUUCACGCUACAUGUCGGACUCUGGAUCGUGCUGAUCAUUGUCAUUUGUGUUAUAUCACCCACCAAGAAUUCUGCGGAAUUCGUCUUCACUACUUAUGUCAACGAAUCAGGAUGGAGUAGUGACGGGGUAGCCUUCAGCAUAGGUUUGUUGAGCAGCACAUAUGUGCUUGCUGGAUACGAUAGCGCGACCCAUCUUACCGAAGAGAUCAAAGACCCCGAACAUAACGUUCCGCGAGCCAUGCUAGCAUCUAUCAUCAUCAACGGUACACUAGGAUUCGGCUUCCUGCUCGUUGUCCUGUUCUGCAUGGGCGACAUCACCGAAGCGAUGGAAACGACAACAGGAUACCCCAUCAUCGAAAUCUUCUACCAGAUAAGUCGCAGUAAGGCGACGGCAUCAGCCAUGACCUGCGCCCUUAUAGUCAUAGCAGCUUUGGCAACAGUACCUCUUCUGCUGACCGCAUCUCGAAUGCUGUGGUCUUUCGCUCAGGACGCCGGACUACCUUUCUCGAAAACGCUCUCCCGUGUUGACGGCAAACGCCAUGUGCCUUUACCAGCGAUAGCGGUCACCAGCGUCUUCCUCAUACUGAUCAGCCUUCUGAACAUCGGAUCCACUACCGCUUUCAACGCCAUCAUAUCUCUUGGUACCGUCGGAUUAUACAUCUCCUACUUGAUGCCAAUAUUGCUUAUAUUUUACCGGCGGAUCGCUCGUCCGGCAUCAUUACCAUACGGCCCCUUCAGGCUCGGGAAGCUGGGUGUUGGUGUUAAUCUUGUUUCUAUCAUUUACACUGUCUAUGUAUCUAUCUUCCUUCUUUUCCCGCCAUAUCAACCUGUCACGGCACAGAACAUGAAUUAUGCGCCGGUCGUACUGGGAGGUGUUCUGGUGCUAAGUGCUGUCUGGUGGUUCGUCAAAGGGAAACGGCAGUUCGUUGGGCCGGUGUUGGAUACGAUUGAAGGACGACCUACGCUGGAUGGUGCUAGGCGAGAUGUAUAAGAUAGGACGAUCAGUGCUUGAUCCUUUAGAAGCCACAUGGCACAUCAUCGUCCCUAGACUUCGUUGAGAUUCGCACAAGAUAAUGAAUGGUCUGCGGAUGAGGGGAACAGUAUU